UUGUUUAGGCUUCAGAUCGCACCCCUUGGACACCCCUCCAUCACAUGAAAUUGACGAUUGUACAGUAAGCUGUCAAAAGCUUGUUGCUUAAAUCUGUGCGGUGCCGCAAAGUAAUACAGAAAUGAGGUCGGAUACGUGGACGAAAUAAGAAGCUAUAAUUCAGCAAAGACAGUAAGAACAAAAUGGGUUGUUGAGCAGACGUUUCUGGGGUACUUGGCGUCUUGUUUUCGUUAGUUAGCGGUGCUGCCGUGUCGUCUGUCCUAGCUGGUGCGUGAUUGCUGUCUCCUCUGGGAAGCGGUUCAUCCGUGGUGAUGAGAUCACCAACAGAAAGUGCCUUUGAGAAGAUAUCCCUGACUUGAAGUUGGUUGGUGUACAUGGCCAGCCUGUGCUUUCUUUUAGGCCAGACUCUCCCUACCACUAACAUUUGAUACCUCAACUGAAAGCCACUGCUUUGCACAACUUCAGCACCCUAAAAGAAUCCCAAAAUAGAGCCAUAGUAUGGAUACAGAAGAUAAUGCCCUUAGAAAAUCUGAUUAAAGCGACAGGUCUGCAUACAAUUCCCUCACUUGUCUGAUAUCAGUGGGUACCAUCACUUGUGUGUCACAUAGAAAAACAGAUCUGCAGUUGUUUCCCACUGAUGGAUGUUAUCUAGGUGAUUGACCAGCCAUUUGAUCUUUCUGCUCCAGCUGAUGGAGGACUCAUCAGAUUGUUUUAAAAGAGGACUUUGUACAGCUUUGGUGUGUGAGGCACUGGACAAUAGGAUUGGUUUUUAAAUUUUUAAUUUAUGAUUAAAACCUUUGGACAUGGCGUUGAACAUUUCUUCAGUAAGAGACACAAAAUGGCUAACCCUGGAAGUCUGUCGACAGUUUCAGCGAGGAAAUUGUUCUCGUAGUGAUGAGGAGUGCAAAUUCGCUCAUCCACCGAAGAGCUGCCAAGUUGAAAAUGGGAGAGUUAUUGCCUGCUUUGACUCGCUGAAGGGCCGAUGCUCCAGAGAGAACUGCAAGUAUCUUCAUCCACCUUCACACUUAAAAACCCAGUUAGAGAUAAAUGGGCGCAACAAUCUCAUCCAGCAGAAGACAGCAGCUGCCAUGCUUGCCCAACAGAUGCAGCUCAUGAUCCCUGGACCCAGUCUGCAAUCUGUGGGACUUGGCGCAAAUACUGGUCUUGGUUAUAGUCCAUACAUGACACCCUUGAGCCACGGGAUGAACCUCGUUCCCACGGACAUCCUCCCCAAUACCCAGGUUCUUGUCCCUGGCAGCCCGCCUGUCACGCUCCAGAGCUCCUCUUCUUCUUCUUCUUCUUCUUCGUCUUCUUCUUCCCCCUCACAGAAGCUCCAGCGUACUGACAAACUAGAGGUGUGCCGUGAGUUUCAGCGGGGAAACUGUGCAAGAGGGGAGACAGAUUGCCGCUUUGCUCACCCCAGUGACAGUCCAAUGAUUGACAGCAUUGAUAACACCGUCACUGUUUGCAUGGACUACAUCAAGAGCCGCUGCACCAGGGAGAAGUGCAAGUAUUUUCACCCGCCUGCACACUUGCAGGCCAAAAUCAAAUCCAGUCAGCAAGUCAAUCAGACAGCCGUGGCAGCCCAGGCCGCAGCUGCAGCCGUGACUCAGUCGACUGCCAAAGCAAUGAAGCGACCCCUCGAGGCAACUGUAGACCUGGCUUUUCCCCACAGCAUCCUGCAACCCCUACCAAAGAGACAAGCUCUGGAGAAGAGCAACUGGGCCAGCUCUCUCCUCAACCCCAGUUUUUUGCACUACCAACAGGCUCUGGCCAACACACAGCUGCAGCAGCCCACGGCGGCAUUCUACCCCACAGGUUCUGUCUUGUGCAUGGCUCCUGCUAACAACGUUGAUCAUUCUCAAGUAACCACCAGAAGUCAGUGCCAUGUUGCUGCUGUUAAAGGCCACAAACAGCCACUCUGUAAAUACGAUGUUAACAUCACACACAACCGUCAACAAGCUGCAUGCUGAUAACAUCACAGAUGAAAAAGUUGUGGUAUUAAAUUACAUAGCUCAAUUAUGAGGAUUAUACUGCGGUGGAGAAGUGUCACAGAAGAUUAUUGUUUGUACGUCUAUAUGCCUUUGUACCUGAAUUAACAUGCAUCCUCAGUCAUGUGCAUAAUAUCCUGGAUUCUUAUUUCCAAACCAAUUCUGAAAAGGUCAGAGGUGCAUUUAGCGACAGAAAUGCAGUGUGUCUCCAAUCCAUAUACAGACCUAUAUAAAUGAAAACUAGCUUUUCUGAAAUCAAACAGAAAUAGGCAGUGUACAUAUACAUAGUAAACAUUUAAUACUAAUUGAUAUUGGAACAAACAGAAAUGUUGUUUAUUGACAUGUUUUGAUGUAAAUAUCACAAGAGGAAGAGAUGAGCCUGACAGAUGUCAUCUGAAAUCACAUUUCAAUGUGUAUACAUGUUAAUGACAGGUGUAAAGAAAAAAAAUAAUAGAGAAUGUUUAAAGAUUGUUUUCAUCAGGACGUUGAGACAGAAAUGCUUGUUCCUUCUUGAAUGUGUCAUUUUUGUCAGUUUAUGAUUGUUUAUCUUGUGCCAGAUUUAAUUAUUCUAAACUAACUGGUAAAAAAGCACUUAUUUUAACUUUUAUCUCCACAUUUUAGAUAUCUAAUUCCACAGCAUGUGUAUGGAAGUUCCUUUAAAAUGUCCCUAAGGGUUGUUCAUUUGUUUUGUUAACCCUGUUAUGUUGCAGGAUCAGUGCUCCACCUCCUGGUGUGCCUUUGUAUUGCAUAUACAGAAUGUGUGCUGAUAGAAAAUACUAUAUAAUCCAAUGACCAGUUGCUGCACAUACUUCUUUUUCUUGAAGGCAGUGAAGCAACAAUGAUUCACACAGUUACAUAUUCCCCUCUUCAUUAUUGAAAAAAUUUUUUUUUAAAAAAUUAAUUAAAAAUAUAUAUAAAAACAGUACAAGUCUAAAGUUUGGAAACAUUCCCUUGCAUGAGAAAGUGUGUCCAAACUUUUGACUGGUACUGUAUAUUUGGAUAAUUAUGGGUCACAGUGCUGAUGUAUCUGUAAGUGUUUUCACUUCUAGUUCAACCUAGAAAUAAAGCCAUGUUUCUGAGAAGAGCCUCCACAGCCAUGAAAAUUCACUCAAUAAAGAGUGUGUGGAUUUAUUCUGGUUACCUGUAUGUUCAAACUUAAGUGUGAUCCUAUGAGGGUUGAAUAUCGUGUGAACUGUUAAUUUAACCGUAAUGUUACAGUCGGUUGUCAGUACUGUAUUCUUUGAAUGUUACAAGUGCCUAAAAGAAUUGUGCAUACAAUUACAUCAGUGCAUAUUUAAAAGGCUUCACUCAAUUAAAUCUACUUAAAUCACAUUUAGAAAGAAAUAAACUUGUUUUGCGAUGCUUUGUCAGUGCAUUAGUACUUUGUGUACACUUAGAUUUAGACUUUCAAUUUCACUAAAAUUUGUAUGUAUGUACUCCGUAUAAGAUUUAUUAUCCAGCUUUGUUUCACUUUUAAGAAGAUUAAGUAGUUUCCAAAAAUGUUUCUUAACUAGUUCAAUGCACAGUAAAAAUAUAGUAAAGUAGAAUUUUAAGGACGUAGCUGUAGGUGAAGUUUAGUUGUGUAUGAUUGAUAUCACAUUAUGCAAUUGUCUUUGUUUGAAACUUACAGUACAUCUGGUUAAGUGACAAACAAAACUCAUGUUAAAAACAGUUUGCAUCACAUGUUUAUUCUUCUCUUUAACAUUUUUCAUAUAACUUUACGUUUUUCAAACAGUGUGCAAAUAUCCACUUUUCCUUUUAAUGUUUCCAAUGUCUUUUAAAGUGGCUGAUAUGGGUUUUGUGUGUUAUGUGUGCGUGUGAUUAAUUCAGACAAUCCACAAAGAGACUUUGUGCUUGUUUACUUUUUUUUCCAUUAUGUCCUAUUUGUUUUCAUUGUAAAAAAGUUUUACUCACCAUUGGAUGGGAUAUAAGGAAUAUACUUGCAAAUUUUAGUAGUUUAACACUAGCUAAGAACACUUUUAAAAUGUAUUAUCUUCUGUCUUAUCAUGAAUGUAAUUUAUUAAACUGACUUUAGUUCUGCUUUAGGUUCCUCAAAAGGCCUUGAUCUGUUGUAAUAGCCUACAAAAGCCGUCUGUGUUCAGGGAUCGAAUGUUGGAGCACAGAGAAGCUUAAAACAUGUCAUCCUUGUCACUGCCUUGUCACCUGUAAGGGACAACAAACCUUUGUAUGAUGAGCAAGGCCAUGGAAAUGCUUUGACCUACAAAAGUGCAUUGUACAGGCCACAUUUUACAAAAA